AUGUAGCCUGGGAGGGAGGUCCCUGUAUCGCUGGGUUCCAUGUGGUGUCAGCAGCAGUCAAAGGUGAAGCAGAGCCUGGAAGAAGCAGCCAGUGUACAUGGCUCUUUAGCACCAGGGAGGGGGAAUGUCCCUUCAGUAAGAGCGAAGUGUAUAAAAAAGGGGAAGCCAUGCUCAAUGGAUCAGUCACUCGCUCAUCUCACUGAGCACACAGCUAAGAUGAUGGUUGCUUGUCUGCUCUUCUCCAGCAUCUGGACCAUUGCAUCAGGCUCCGUGCAGGUGAUGCACAGAAAGGUCCAGUCAGUCCGAGCAGGAGGAAAUGUUACUUUUUCAUGCCGGUCAGUCACAAAAGAAGAUGUGCUACAAGUGACCUGGCAGAAGGAGACAGACGGGGCUGAAGACAACAUAGCAACUUAUAGUAUGAUAAAUGGCCAAAAGAUAGCAAAGGGCUAUGUCGGCCACGUGAGCUUUUCCCACAGUGAGUUACAAGCCUCGUCCAUCUCCCUUCAUGGAGUCACCCUCCAAGAUGAAGGAUGCUACAAGUGCAUCUUCAACACGUUUCCCUCAGGGGCUGUCACCGGCAGGAUGUGUCUCAAGGUUUACGCCAUCUUGGACCACAGAGUGGAGGCUAAGCUCAUACCCAGUCCAGACAAAGCUGAGAACUCUGAGAAACUAGUGGGGAUAAGCUGCUCAGCAACAGGGAAACCAGCUCCAAAAAUCACCUGGCACCUUCCCAGCAUCCUGCAGCAGAAACCAAAGGAGUACCACAUCAAGCUUGGCAACCAGACUGUAACUGUCAUCAGCAAUUUCACUCACACCCACUCCAAAAUCCUCCACGAGUACCCCAUCGCCUGCAUGAUCCAACACCCUUCUCUAAAUGUGACUCUGGUCCUGCCCACAGACAGCCUGGUGCAGGAUCCGGACAGCAGCGUGGCACCGGCCACUGUCAUUGCAGUGGGGGUGCUGGUCCCCCUGACUGCUCUUCUCCUGCUCGGCUGCCUCUUCUGCUGCUACCUCAGGCACCUACGUGACCCGGAGAGAAACCCAGCCUGGCCGUGCUGGGUAGGUCUGCCUUUCCCCAGGGUGCUGCAGGGCUCACCCCCACCAGUCACAGGGCUUGACAGCGGGGCUCGGCUGUGCCCGGCCACCCCAGCAGUGGCUGCGUGCUGCCCAGCCCAGGCUGUGUUGGAGAGGCAUGAAGGGAUUAGUCCCCAGCCAGAUGGCUGGGUAGCAGCAUGCUGGGAAGGGGAAACCUGA